AAUACUAGAAAAAUUAUAUUUACAUUACUUUUUUUAAACGUGUAUUUUAUACACAAUAUAGAUAUUUAUGAAACUGUAACUACAUGUCAUUCAUUGAACUUAUUUUAUCAAAAAACUAUUAAAUAUCGAAUUAUCUAAGGGGGCGGUUAUUGUAUCAAAUAUCUAAUGAUACAUAUUGAAACGUGUGUCAAUCUCAUAUUCAAUUAGUUAGAGACAAUGGCAACAUACAGUGCAUGGCUGGUCAUAUUGUUGGUGUCCUAUCCGCCUCGCUUAAUUGUAGCCGAAUGUGACCCCAAUCGUACUCCGGAGCUUCAUGAUGAGGCUAAAUUACAUCAAGACGUACUAUGUGCCUAUAACAGCAACUACCGUCCAGUGAAAGAUCACAAAAGUACUGUAACCGUAAAGAUUCGUUUUGCAUUGAAAUACAUCAGUUUUGACUCUUUAGAAGAAACGUUCAAUCUCCACAGUUGGGUGGCUAUGUCUUGGAAAGACGAAUUUUUGACUUGGACACCCUCAGACUAUGGUGGUAUAAAGGAGAUACAGGUGGAAAGUCAUGAAAUCUGGACGCCCCGCAUGGCACUCUUCAACGCUGAUGCUUCAUUAUAUCCAUCGGAUUCAAUUUAUACUACAUGCUUAUUGGAUAGCGACGGUACAGUCACAUGCGUGCCGCACAUGGUGCACUCGGGAAUAUGCCGCACCUCUCUCCGCAGGUGGCCCUACGAUGUACAAAACUGCAGCUUCUACUUCGGCUCUUGGAUGCACACCGGGCAACAAGUGAACUUUACAUUUUACAACACGCGACCUAUAGUACUGGAUGAUUAUCAAAACGGCCCCGGUUGGAAGCUUCUGAACGUUACUAAUGAAUUUUUGCCAGGCGCCUACACGUGCUGCCCUAAUAGUUCUUAUCCAAUGCUGAAAUACACAUUUAUGAUGAAGAGAGAAGCUGGUGGACCUGCAGCAAUUGUUGUUAUUCCAUCUAUGGUAAUUGUUCUUCUCACCCUUAUUUCUCAGUUCUUAGAUAUUAAGGAUUACACGCGUCUAUUUCUCAUAUGUUUUAGUCUUUUUGGACAUUUCAUGUUUCUUACAGAAAUAGGAUAUGAUAUUCCAAAGCACAGUUCGGACACGCCGAUUAUUUUAUUAUUUGUUCGCGAUUCUAUGUUAGUUACUUUAACGUCAAUUUUUGUAACGUUACUAUUAAUGUCCUUAAGAAAACGUGUCGUGCCAGCUCCUACAUGGGUCGUAUCGUUGAAUCGGGUGGUCAAUAGUGGCCCCGGAAAGUAUGUGGUUUUUACAGAAUUUGAUCCAAGUGAAUCUAACGAUAUUAAAGUCCUGACUGGAGAAAGCGUAAGUGAUGCAAAUAUUGAUGAAAAAGCUCGCAUUAGUGCUGACUGGCUACAAUUUGCUAACGUUCUAAAUAGUUUUGUUUUCAUUGUGACUUUUAUCGUCUACUUUAUAUUAGUUUGUGUCUACAUUCCAAAAGAUGAUUGAAAGGUAUUACGUUUUAUAAAUACCGUAUCAAAAGUAUGUCGAAAUAUA